AUAAAUAAAUGCAUUUGGUUCUCAUUGUAAAAGAAAAAAUGGAGGGAGAGAAUGGAGAUGAAGAGUACCUGAAAGAUGAAACAGAAAGCAGGGGAGAAAUACUGGUGGCGAAGGUGGUGACUGAUGAGCAAAUUCAGACACUGAGAAAACAGAUUGCUGCUUAUACAAUCAUCUCCGAGCAACUUCGGCGUAUGCACGAUGUUAUGUCGGUACAAUAUUUGGCCGAAACAGGUUCAUUCUAUAAUCUCUAUGGCGAUCCUUACCUGACAUUCACCAGCUCUAGGAUCGCCUCAAGGAACCGUUGGACUCCAAAAUCGACGCAGCUUAAGAUCCUGGAGCAUGAGUUUGAAGAAUGCAAUGGCAACCCCGGAAAACAGAAAAUCACAGAGAUCACUGCCCAACUGGCACAGCAUGGCCCUAUUACUGAGAGCAGCGUCUACAAUUGGUUCCAGAACCGGAGAGCUCGGUGUAAGAGAAAAAAAUUGGAAGGUGGAGAAGCACCUGAGACGAAGAACGAAGCUUGUAAAAAGAAGAGGAAGAAACCCGAUAGCAGCAAGACCGUUGAGAACGCAGCAUCCUCGACCACAUGGAAGGCGGAGAAUCUUCACUCACAGAGUGCAGAGAUAGGCAACCAAAUGCUUCCGUUCGAUUAUUUUAGUUUAACUUCUGUAGGAAGUUUUGGCUGUGGAGGAUGGGAUGAGCAGUUUGAAGGAAACCAGCUGUUUGGGUGACAUUGAUGCUUCUUGGUCUUUUCAUGUAUUAGAAAAUAUUUUUUCAAUAAAAAGGAUACAACCAU